AUGCGUCUGGCCAACAGGCUGGCGUCUCCUGCGGGACUAAACUGCGCUUGCGCCUGCUCGCCCAAUCACCAGCUGCCAAGUGACCGCUUCCAGCCAAUCAGGCUUCAAGCGCUCUGGCGCGCGACCUCGACCCGCCCCGCCCCGCGAGGGCAGCGGAGGGACACACGAGGAAAACACCACACCACCGUCAUCAGUGCCUAUGCUCCCACCAAGACAAGCCCUGAUGAAGUCAAAGAGAAAUUUUAUGAAGACCUGGAGACCCUUAUCAUCAAUGUGUCAAAAGAGGACGAGCUUAUAAUUCUGGGGGCGGGAGCGGACACUCGAGCAAAGCCAAGCCGAGGGGAGCGCAGCCGCGGCCCCUCUCCCCGCCUCCAGUCGGGCUCGGGACUUGGUCCGGGGGACAUCUGCGGCGCCCGCAGCGGCUGGGGGCGCGGGGGCUGGACCUGGGGUGCGAGCUGCCGCCAGCCUAAUUUAGGUCCUCGCCACACAUUGCCUUGGUCUCCCUUUCUCAAUAUUCCUCACUCCAGUGCAUCCCGCAUAAAGCUGCUGCCGGUGUUAGACAACCUCACCGAGCUGCUCUCUGCAGGGGCAGAAGUACGCCUCAUCUUCCUCAAGGGCAUCAUGGAGAACCUGAUUGUGAAAUCCCUCGCGAAGGCUCGUGAGAGACUCGAAGAUCUGAAACUUGAAGCUGUCAGUGAUAAUAACCUGAAACUAGUGAAUGAAAUUCUGGAAGACAUCAGUCCUUUAAUAAGUGUAGAUGAAAACGUUGCGGAGCUCGUCAGUAUUCUCAAGGAGUCUCACUUUCAGUCAUUUAUAGAGGUCUAUGAUGUCGUGGCAUCCAAGUAUCAUGGCUCAACUUCAUCUAGCCCAGAAAUUAAUCAUUCCCCUGGGAACCACCAGCUGCGGCCAGGAGAUGUCGUUCCUAUAUUUACUAUCCAUAAGAGAGCAGGAGAGCCCUUAGGUGUGACUUUGAAGGCUGACAAUAACCGCUUGGUAAUUGCCCGAAUCCUUCAAGGAGGAAUGAUAGAUCAGCAGGGGCUUCUUCAUGAGGGGGACGUCAUUAAAGAAGUCAAUGGCCAUGAAAUUGGGAACAACCCCAAGGAGUUACAAGAGCUCCUGAAGACCCUCAGUGGCAGCGUCACAUUGAAAGUCCUGCCCAGCUACAGGGACUCUGUCACCCCUCCACAGAUGUUUCUAAAGUGCCAUUUUGAUUAUGAUCCCUACAAUGACAACCUGAUUCCCUGCAAAGAGGCAGGACUGAAGUUUUCAAAAGGAGAAAUUAUUCAGAUCGUCAACCUCCAAGAUCCAAACUGGUGGCAGGCUAAGCAUGUCAAAGAGGGAGAAAGUGUCGGCCUUAUCCCCAGCCAGUCUCUGGAAGAGAAAAGGAAGGCUUUUGUUAGAAGAGACAGGGAAAACCCAGGGCCUUUUUGUGGAACUAUGAGAAGCAAAAAAACGAAAAAGAUAAUGUAUCUGUCAGCCCAAAAUGCAGAAUUUGACCGACAUGAAAUCCAGAUAUAUGAAGAAGUAGCAAAAAUACCUCCCUUUCAGAGAAAGACAUUAGUAUUGAUAGGGGCCCAGGGUGUUGGCCGAAGAAGCUUGAAGAACAGAUUUAUAGAAUUAAAUCCUACUAGGUUUUGGACCACAAUACCAUUUACCUCACGAGAACCAAGGGAAGAUGAAGAAGAAGGCCAGGAAUAUACAUUUGUGUCACGAGCUGAGAUGGAGGCAGAUAUCAAAGCAGGAAGAUACUUAGAGCAUGGUGAAUACCAAGGAAAUCUCUAUGGUACCAGGAUAGACUCCAUCUUGGAGGUAACCCAGACGGGGAGGACUUGCAUCCUGGACGUGAACCCACAGGCUCUGAAAGUAUUAAGGACAUCUGAAUUUAUGCCCUAUGUCAUGUUUAUUGCUGCUCCUGAAUUAGAGACACUGCGUGCUAUGCACAAGGCUAUGGUGGAUGCUGGCAUCACCACCAAGCUCCCAACAGACACCAAUCUGAAAAAAACAGUCAUUGAAAGUGCCCGCAUCCAGAGAGCCUACAACCACUAUUUUGACUUGAUAAUUGUCAAUGACAACCUGGACAAAGCCUUUGAGAAACUCCAGUUUGCCAUCAAGAGACUGAUAGCAGAGCCACAGUGGAUCCCCAUCAGCUGGCUGUACUAA